UGAGUGCAUGAGGGAGGGCAGCUGAUAUAAGACUUUGGAGGUCAUAAGUGAACAUCAGAGGCUUCUGUCUGUCAGUCUGUUUGUUUGUCCAUCAGCCGACCAUGUUUCAACUGCUGUACUGUCUGCUUCUAGCAUCUGGUGUGCUGCUCUGCAACGCCGCCCCCACGGAAAAACAUGGGGGCUCAGAUAUAAAGUGCCCUUUGAUGGUGAAAAUUUUGGAUGCAGUAAAAGGGACCCCAGCUGGAUCAGUGCCACUCAAGGUGUCUCAGAGGGCUGCUGAUGGAGGAUGGACACAGAUUGCUAAUGGAGUGACAGAUGCCACUGGAGAGAUCCAUAACUUGAUCACAGAGGAGCAGUUCCCUGCAGGGGUGUAUCGUGUAGAGUUUGAUACCAAAGCUUACUGGAAGAAUGAGGGGAGCACUCCAUUCCAUGAAGUAGCUGAUGUGGUGUUUGAGGCUCAUGCUGAAGGUCAUCGUCACUAUACCCUGGCCUUGCUCCUCAGCCCAUACUCCUACACUACCACAGCUGUGGUCACUGAUGCACACCAGUGAUACACAUUACACCGUGGAUAUUUAUCAUCUGGCUGAGGUAUCAGAACAGUGAGCUGCACAAGGCGGGAGAUCUUCUGUUUUUUUUUUUUGGUUUUUUUUUCUUAUGUGCUGAUCCAAACCAACACAAACCCUUAAAAACACAUCAGUGAGUGUUCAUCAUCAUGAACACACAGACUGUAGUUUAUUUUGAGUCAGUCCCACACACACCAUCCCGUUGGUGUGUCUGAAGCACCAAAUGUGGAAAAAUCUGCCACUGAAAAUAGUCCUUGACAGAUUUGCUAUGUGUUCCUGCUUGAGUUACUUUAGCUGUUGUCAAAGACACUUCUAAAGUGAAGGUCCUCUACUUUUUAUGAAAAUAAACUGUACUUUGCACAGGCCAAGGUUGUCAAGAAAAAAGUGCAAAUAUGAUGUUUUAGGAAAAAGUAGGAAAGGUACAUAAGCAAAGUUACUGUUACCACGAAAUUAAUUUGACUGCACUCAACUCCCUUCACAACAAAUGUAAUGUAUCAUGGGGAAUACUGUAUGUCCAAAGCACAAGGAAAUAAAUCAACUAAACACCA